AGUUCUCCCAGAUCAUUUCAAUCUGUGCGGCAAGGGCGGCGUUUGCUUACCCAGCCCCAGGCAAUUAGGCUUAGUCUUUUCGUUUUCAGCAAAGCGGAAACACUUCGCGCCCCUGGGUGGCUUCUUUGUCUCAUCUCUUGGCUUCAUCUUCACACAGCCAUUUGUCCCUACUCUCUUGCCGUAGCAGCCGCCGCCCAUCCCUCUUUGUGUUCUUGGGCAAGCCGUGGAGCUAGUGGCGGCGACUGUUGGCGUUGAAGGCAAAGGAGAGGGGACGUUACGGGGAAGUUGCUGGCAGGCGGUCUCUUCCACACCCCGCCAUCUGACAGGUCUCAAACAUGUCUGACAAAAGUGAAUUAAAGGCAGAGUUGGAACGUAAGAAGCAGCGAUUGGCCCAAAUCAGAGAGGAAAAGAAGAGGAAAGAAGAAGAAAGGAAGAAAAAGGAAACUGAUCAGAAGAAGGAAGCAGUCACUUCUGUGCAAGAAGAAUCAGAUCUUGAAAAAAAAAGAAGAGAAGCUGAAGCAUUGCUUCAAAGCAUGGGGCUAACUCCAGAAUCCCCCAUUGUCCCUCCUCCUAUGUCUCCAUCCUCCAAAUCUGUGAGCACACCAAGCGAAGCUGGAAGCCAAGACUCUGGAGAUGGCGCAGUGGGAUCUAGGACGCUGCAUUGGGAUACAGAUCCAUCAGUUCUUCAGCUUCACUCAGAUUCCGAUUUGGGACGGGGACCUAUUAAACUUGGAAUGGCUAAAAUUACGCAAGUUGACUUUCCUCCUCGUGAAAUCGUCACAUAUACAAAGGAAACCCAGACUCCAGUAAUGGCUCAACCCAAAGAAGAUGAAGAGGAAGAAGAUGACGUAGUGACUCCUAAACCACCUAUUGAACCUGAAGAAGAGAAAACUUUAAAGAAAGAUGAGGAAAGUGAUAGUAAAGCACCCCCUCAUGAGCUGACUGAAGAAGAAAAGCAGCAAAUCUUGCACUCUGAGGAAUUUUUAAGUUUCUUUGACCAUUCUACAAGAAUUGUAGAAAGAGCUCUUUCUGAGCAGAUCAACAUAUUCUUUGACUACAGUGGAAGAGAUUUGGAAGACAAAGAAGGAGAGAUUCAAGCAGGUGCUAAACUAUCAUUAAAUCGACAAUUUUUUGAUGAACGUUGGUCAAAGCAUCGAGUUGUUAGUUGUUUGGAUUGGUCAUCUCAGUAUCCAGAGUUACUUGUGGCUUCCUACAAUAACAAUGAAGAUGCUCCCCAUGAGCCUGAUGGUGUGGCCCUUGUAUGGAAUAUGAAAUACAAAAAAACUACUCCAGAGUAUGUCUUCCACUGCCAGUCAGCUGUUAUGUCUGCUACAUUUGCAAAAUUUCAUCCAAAUCUAGUUGUUGGUGGUACAUAUUCAGGCCAAAUUGUGCUGUGGGAUAACCGUAGCAAUAAAAGAACUCCAGUGCAAAGAACUCCACUGUCAGCUGCAGCACACACACAUCCUGUAUAUUGUGUAAAUGUUGUUGGAACACAGAAUGCUCACAAUCUGAUUAGUAUCUCUACUGAUGGAAAAAUUUGUUCAUGGAGUCUGGACAUGCUUUCCCAUCCACAGGAUAGCAUGGAAUUGGUUCAUAAACAGUCAAAGGCAGUAGCUGUGACAUCUAUGUCCUUCCCUGUUGGAGAUGUCAACAACUUUGUUGUUGGGAGUGAAGAAGGUUCUGUGUACACAGCGUGUCGCCACGGCAGCAAAGCUGGAAUCAGUGAGAUGUUUGAAGGACAUCAAGGACCAAUUACUGGCAUCCAUUGUCAUGCAGCUGUUGGAGCAGUGGACUUCUCACAUCUUUUUGUCACUUCAUCAUUUGACUGGACAGUAAAACUUUGGACAACUAAGAAUAACAAGCCUUUGUACUCAUUUGAAGAUAAUUCGGACUAUGUUUAUGAUGUCAUGUGGUCACCCACCCACCCGGCCCUGUUUGCCUGUGUGGAUGGCAUGGGUAGGCUGGAUUUGUGGAAUCUCAACAAUGACACAGAGGUGCCAACAGCCAGCAUUUCUGUGGAGGGUAAUCCCGCUCUUAAUCGUGUAAGAUGGACCCAUUCUGGAAGAGAGAUUGCCGUGGGUGAUUCGGAAGGGCAGAUUGUUAUAUAUGAUGUGGGAGAGCAGAUUGCUGUCCCUCGAAAUGAUGAAUGGGCACGGUUCGGCCGAACACUUGCAGAAAUUAACGCAAACCGAGCAGAUGCAGAGGAGGAAGCAGCUACCCGAAUACCUGCUUAGCUCCUGAAAAGGGAAUGUGUAGCCUUAGUGGAUUUGGGGAAGAAGACUCUACAUAGAUCCUGAGACUAUUUGCAUGCUUCUGUCUAAAUAAUUAAAAGGAAGUUUCGUGGAUUAAACUGUGGAUUUAAUGCAGCAAGCAAAUCUUACAGUGUCCUUUUUUAUAUAACACAUCUUAUUUCGGAUUUGUGUCAUUUUUAAUACAGCUAAUUUACUUAAAAGAAUGCAACCUUUUCUGAAUUCUUAUACACAGGUGUAUAUUUGGUAUUAUUCUUUCGAAUUCUUUUCAAUUUAUAACACUAUAUACAGUUAUUUCUAAAGCACAGAUUAGAUAAGUUCUGCUUAUUUUUAAAUAAUCACAAUUCACUGUUAUACUGAUAAUGUUCUCACUAACCAUACUAUGUAGGAACAUUGUUUAUUCUUAGUCAUAGCAUGCAUACAUCUAUUCAAUUCCAUUCUGAUAUUUUGUUCUUUAUAAGUCAUGUGGUAACUAUCUAUAAAUAAAAAACAAAUAUGCUUUAA